GAAACGUCUCCUGCAUUUAGGAAUUGUAUAUUUAUAGCAAAUAUAACCUAUUUCUUUCUCGGGGAGUUUCCAAUAACCAUAACAUAAUAACCAUAUAUAUCAAAAAUAAGAACAAUCAGUGUGAAUUUUCCAUUUAAUAUAUUUAAAUUGUAUAUUUUUUUUGUGGAAUAUAUUUAUAUUAAAGAUAAUAAACAUAAAAUAAAUCAUAUCGAACGUGAGAGUUAUUUAGAUCGUUAAUUGUACACACAAUAUAUUUUUAAUGAUUGUUAAUUAAUGUGGUUUAUUUGAAAUAUUGUGAAAUAAGACGAACAUAAUGUUAACCAAGUUAUUCAACAAUUUUAUUAAACAUCAGAAAGCACAGAUUGGCAAACAUUGGGGAUCAAGCACAAUAAUUUUCAAGAUGAAUAGCACAGAUACUAAUGCUGUUGACAUGAACUCAUUUACUUCAGAAGAAAAAGAAAAAAUUCUUAAUAUAAUAAAUUAUCAAGAUAAGGAAGAUUUAUUGCAGUAUUCCAUUACUAAGAAAUGUGCGCAGAACUUAGCAUUGCACCGUGCAAAUAAUGGACAAUAUGAUUCACUGGAGGAAUUGUUACAAGUAAAUGGUAUGAAUGACAAAAAUUUAUACAAAUUUUAUAAGUCGAUUGUAAGUGGCAAGAAGAAGAAAACUCCCAGAAAAGUUAUCUCAGAUUUGGUCUUGACAUCAAAAGUUACUACCAAUGACCAAAAGGAUGUUGAUACAGUAUUAGGUAUAUAUAUAGGACAAGAUGUGAUAAGCUGGUCAUUGCUAAAUCGCGAUUGUGAAGUAUUACAAUGGAACUACAAACGCUUUGAACGUAAUCGCGCUAGGGAGAAUAUUCAUUCCUUGCUUCAAACAACAUUACCGAUCGCCGCAAAUCUUCCGAAAGCCGAUCGAUAUAUAAUGCAGGAAUUUGGCGGUGAUGGUCUCCAAAAAAAUCGAGCGACUCAAACGAUCCACAUGGAACAAACUGUGAGAAACGCCAUUAUUCUGUCGCACCUGGCAGUGCUAAAUUCUGAAUUCGACACCGCCGAAUUCGUAAGAAAUAAUAUUUUUAUACUUCGUAAAAAUAUCUUACGAAAGGUUUAUCAACUCACAGUUGGAAACGAAACUAUAUCUACCCAAUAUGUGCUCCAAAAAUUAAUGGUGGAGCACGAGAAACCGCUGGGAGUAUCCUUACCUACUGUGUGCAUAAAGCCGGAACUUCAAAACAUGUACAAUGCUCAAAGUAGUAUCAAUAAGGAGCAGCUUAGUUGGUCUUUGCUAAUUGCAUUGGGUUACGUAGGACUGAUUGUACACGAAAGAACUGAUAUGAGAUUUCGUGAUAUUGAUAGAUUUCAGAAACAAUAUGGAGUGGAGCAAGGAGAUUGUGGCAAAUAAAAUAGAGUUGAUCAGAAAGUAAAGGAAGUCAGUCGGGAUUCCCUCUGAGUUGCAGGAAGGACAAUGAUAGUUCUCGUAAUACGCAAGUCAUUGUGUCUCGUUAAAGGAAGAUGGUUUAUUUACAAGAUAGAGCGAGAUUCGAGAAUGUAUGAAUGUGACUAUGAAAAUCAUCGCGAUGGGACAAUAAUAAAUACAGUAAACUUCUGUACA